AUCGUGACAGUUGAAAAAGUCGGUAUAAGAAAAGCGAUUGGCUUAGAGCGUUCGAGGUUAGGUCAAUUGUUUUUGUUGAGGAAGGUUCUCCCAGUGUUUUCGCUUACAUUCAUUCACUAUGAAUGCGCCACCGACCUUUGAAUCGUUCUUGCUGUACGAUGGAGAAAAGAAGAUCACAUGCGAACAAGAUACCAAAGUCCCAAACGCUGCUAUAUUCACCAUAAACAAGGAAGAUCACACGUUGGGAAACAUGAUCAGGAACCAACUGUUGAAGGAUCCGAAUGUCCUCUUCGCUGGAUACAAAUUACCACAUCCACUUGAACACAAAUUCGUUAUCCGCAUCCAAACCACCUCCGAUUACUCACCUCAAGAAGCCCUGAUGCACGCGAUCAGAGAUCUGAUGGCCGAAUUAUCUCUGUUUCAGGAGAGAUUCAGUGAGGCAGUUAAAGAGAAGAAGGAUCGUUUGGAUUAAGAUUUAUAAUUUGUAUUAUUUUUUUAUAUAUUGCUUAAAUACUUAGAAGUUUAAUCUUAAAACAAAGUCUCAAUGGAAACGUUGCCUUAAGUCAUAUUAUUUUCGUUGCUAGGCAACCAAAUAUGCACAAUUUAACAUUCAAGUUAAAUUUAACAAACCUGAAACAACAGAAGGAAAGUUAAAAAUGAUGCGGAAAAUUUGAUAAUUUAAAUUAUUUAUUUAUUUGUAUAGUUUUUAAAUUAUAAAAUGUUUCACAUAGUUUACAAUUCGUUCAAAUUUACAAGGUAAUGGAAAUACAUACAUAUAUAUAUUCAACAACAAAACGUCGAAACAUCGAUGAUGCUUUGCAUGGAUGUUUCGCGUUGCGUUACACAAACACAC